AUGAACCAAUUAAAAACAAAGAAUAAAAACACCGUCGAAACUAUUCCUAAGGAAGAUAUAAUAACAUUGAUCAAGAAAUGCUAUGAAGAUAAAUUGAUAUAUGGACAUGUAAAAUGGAAAGAUUUAAAUAAAAAAGAGUUUAAAACAAAAUAUUCAACAAAUACUUUAAAAUAUAUAUGGAGAUCUAUAUAUAGAAAAUUUGGAAGUUAUAAAACAGAAUAUUCUGUGUUAAUAAAAAAAAUAGAAGAAGACGUAAAGGAAAUAAAAAUAAAAGAUGAAAAAAAAAAAAAAAAAAAAAAACAGACAACACCUAUUUCUCCUAAAUCACCCACAUCAUUAUCAAAUAUUUCACUUUUAAGAAAUUUUACUAGAGUUAAUAGUUUAUUUUUUAAAUGUUGUAGUAAUUAUUAUAGCCCUAUAAAUAAUGGUUUAAAAGAAAGCCCUAUAAAUUUGUCUUUUUUUAAUGGAAAAUAUGUGGAAAAAGAAAAAAAAAAAAUUGUAGAGAAAAAUAAAAAAGAAAUAAAUUAUAUAAAAGAAAAUAUUAAAGAUAUAAAAAGAAGAAGUGAAUUUUUAGAUUAUUACUUUUUAGUGAUAUCACUUAUACAUAAAAAUAAAAAAUAUACACUUUUAAAAAAAAUGGAAGAAUUAUAUUAUGAAAAUAAAAUAUUAAAAUGUUGUAAUAAUACAAAUAUUAUAUAUAACGUUUAUAUAUUAAAUAUAUUAAAAAAAAUAAAUGAACUUAGUUUAAUAUCCUCAAAUAGCUUAAAAAAUAUAUCUACAAAAAGUUUGGAAAAUAAAUUUGGAAGUAGCAAAUUUAUAGACACAAAAAAUUGCUUAACAAUUGAAGUCAAUGAGCAAACAUAUCAAUUUAAUAAAAGUAAUAUUGAUUAUAAAAUAUUUUAUAAUUUAUUUAAAAAAAAUAUAAAUAUUAAUAAUAAUAAAACUAUUUGUUUUUUUCUUCCUUUACCUAAAAAGCCAAAUUAUUUAACAUUUAAAAAUAAUACUUUUUAUUAUUUUGAAAAUCCAAUAUAUUUAACAAAUAAUUUAGAUGAAGAUGUUUAUAAUUAUGUGUAUAUAUUUCAUAAAUAUUUUAUCUCAUUUAUGUUUUGGUCAUUUUAUUUAAAAUAUAAUGGUAUUGAAAAAAUGAAAACAUUAUUUAAUGCAGAGUUAGAACAACUUCAUUCUUGCAUUAAUAUGUUGGAAGUUAAAAAAGAAGACAAUUUUUGUGAUAAAAAAAAAAAAAAUAUAAAAUAUAAUACCAAAAAUUAUAUCCCCUUUUUUGAUUUUAAUAUUGAUACCUUAAUUUCUUUAUGUCUAGCUAUUAUUAAAAAAUAUUUUAUUUUGAAAAAAAAAAUAGACAUAAAUUACCUUCAAGUUAUUAAAAUUUUAAACAUGGCUCUUCACCCUAUUUUGAAAAAAAAAAUUGUUCGCCAUUAUUUAUUUACCUUUCGAACAAUUCAACACAUAUUCACCAAACUGAGAUUGAAUUAUCUCAAAAAAAAAAAAAAACAAAAAAAAAAACCAAAAAAAAACCAAAAAAAAACCAAAAAAAAACCAAAAAAAACAAAUAAAUAA